AUGGCCUGUUCUGAUCCAAAAAAGGCCUGUGAGGGCUGCUCAUGCAGCAAUGAAGCUCAGCCCCAGUCCAUCAACAUUGAAGAUUGUCUGAGCGAGCUGCAGGCUCUGCGCCGACGCAAUCAAGAACUGGAAACCCGCAUGGGGGUUUCAAGUGGCGCUGAGAAUGCCCAAGUUCCCAUCCGACAGCCCGGACGAACACUUCGCUCUUCUGCUUGGUUUGACUGCCGCAGUAACCCUGGCAUGACGGCCAUUUACAUGGAGCGAUACUUCAACUAUGGUAUCACCAAAGAAGAACUCAUGUCUGGUAAGCCGAUGAUUGGAAUUGCCCAGACGGGAUCCGACAUUGCGCCCUGCAACCGCCAUCACAUCGAACUCUCUAAGCGCGUCCGCGAGGGUAUUCGAACUGCUGGUGGCAUUCCCUUCGAAUUCCCGACACAUCCUAUUCAAGAGACAUCAAGACGACCCACUGCAACCCUUGAUCGUAACUUGGCGUAUCUUGGUUUGGUGGAGAUUCUGACCGGAUAUUUCCUGGAUGGUGUUGUGUUGCUUACUGGAUGUGACAAGACCACCCCGGCUUGCUUGAUGGCUGCUGCUACGAUGAACGUCCCCGCUAUCUGUAUGAAUGUGGGACCCAUGCUCAAUGGAUAUUCCAAGGGAGCUUUGACUGGAGCUGGCUCUGUCCUAUGGCACGGCCGAGAGCUAUAUGCCACUGGAGAAAUUGAUGACAAUGAGUUCAUGGAUUACAUUGCCCGAGGAACUCCGUCAGUGGGCCACUGCAACACCAUGGGAACUGCAUCUACAAUGAAUGCCCUCGCAGAAUCUCUAGGAAUGGCUCUACCUGGAUCCGCCGCUAUCCCCGCUGCCUAUCGCCACAGAGCUCAAUGCGCUUAUGAGACAGGCAAACGAAUAGUGGAGAUGGUAGAGACAGACCGUAAGCCAUCUGAUAUCAUGACGCGCGAGGCCUUUGAGAACGCAAUCGUGGCCAAUGCUGCAAUCGGCGGAAGCACGAAUGCCCCUAUUCACAUUAACGCCAUCGCUCAGCACGCGGGUGUAGAAGUUUCAAUGGAUGACUGGGAUAAUCUUGGAUCUUCAAUUCCUCUGCUUUUGAACAUGCAACCGUCCGGAGAAUACCUUGGCGAAGAAUACUAUCGUGCCGGAGGCUUGCCUGCAAUCAUGGCUGAACUGUUGGACCAGGGCAAAAUCCACGGUAAUGCCCUCACAUGUAACGGCAAGACCAUUGCAGAGAAUGUUCGCGGAAAGCAUACAUGGGACCGUCGCGUUAUCAAACCAUACGAUGAGCCCCUGAUGAAGGAUGCUGGAUUCGCCCAUUUGAAGGGAAAUCUGUUUGACUCUGCUAUUAUGAAGACCUGUGUUAUCUCACCAUCUUUCCGCAAGCGAUACCUUUCCAAUCCCGAUGACCCGGAAGCCUUCGAGGGAUCUGUUAUUGUGUUUGACGGACCAGAAGACUACGAAGAGCGAUUGGAGAACUCGCCCAAUAUUGACGCGAAGACUAUCCUCGUCAUGCGUGGUGUUGGACCAAUUGGAUACCCCGGAGCAGCCGAGGUCGUGAAUAUGCACCCACCAGGCCGUCUCUUGAAAGAAGGCAUUGAUGGGCUGUUUUGUAUUGGAGAUGGAAGACAGUCAGGAACCUCGGGAUCCCCUUCUAUCUUGAAUGCCAGCCCCGAGGCUGCGGCCGGGGGAAACCUUGCCAUCUUGAAAGAUGGCGACAGACUUCGCAUUGAUUUGCGGAAGCGACGGGUCAACAUCCUCAUUACGGAUGAGGAGAUCGCGCAGCGAAGGGAGGCAUUAGGUGUCGAUGGUUAUAAGGUGGCUCCAAGUGGUACCCCGUGGCAAGAGAUCUUCCGUCAAGAAACGGAUCAAUUGAGUCAGGGUAUGGUGCUGCGGAAAGCAGUCAAAUUCCAGCGACUAGCACAAGAGGGCCCGCCCCUGCGUCAUAAUCAUUGA